AUGAACCUUCUUCUUGCGGAAGGAGAAACAUGGUCUCCAAGUGGCAACAACUGUACUAAAUAUUUAUGUACAAAUGUAAAUGGCGAUUUAACUACCACUGUCCUGGAGGAAGCCUGUGUAUAUCUAAGUGAAGCCGACUGUGCACAUAAUGAACAGUAUCAGAUUUCUCCUGAUUCUUGUUGUGGACAAUGUAUCCAAACAUCAUGUGAGGUGGCCACUGCCAGUGGAGGGAUUAUUUUUAUACAGGGCACAGAGUACCAAAUUGCUAGUGGUCAGUGCUGUGGACAUUGUGUUCAGACUUCAUGCCUUGUCACUUAUGGCUUUGGUGAAACUAAACUAUUAAAAGUGGGUGAAAGCUGGUCUCCGAGCGAUGACUUCUGCCAUAUUUAUAACUGUACACUUUCACAAGGGCAGCUCAUUACAACUAUAACUACACAGACUUGUACGGUUCAAAGUUUUGCAGAUUGUGCCUUGGGCCAACAAUAUCAGGCUCCUAAUCUUGAAUGCUGUGGAAUGUGUGUCCAAACAUCAUGCGAGUUUACAACUUCCAAAGGAGUAACACAAGUCUUGACGGAAGGAGAAACCUGGUCAUCAAGUGAUGAUGCCUGUACUGUCUACAACUGCACAAGAUCACAGGGGCAACUUUCCACUGCCAUAUCGAUGAAAUCUUGUGAUGUUCUGAGCGCAAGUGAUUGCAAAGCUAAUGAGAAAUAUCAGAUUUCUAGUGGUCAGUGCUGUGGGCACUGUAUCCAGACGUCAUGUAUGGUUACAACUGCCAGCGGACAAGUUCAACUUUUACAGGAAGGACAAAUCAUGCCUGACAGUAAUGACAAAUGCACUUCCUAUGUUUGUACUGUUUCUCAAGGACAAUUUUCCACUGUUGUUCAAAAGAAGGAUUGUCUAAAUAUUACAGCAGGAGAUUGUGAAUCUGGUUCAGUUCAAAUGAGCGAGGACGGCUGCUGCCACAUAUGCAUAGCUCCUAAACUCUGCAGACGUGUGGUUAAUAAUACACUCAUUACAAGUGGAGGUUGCAGCAUAAUGGCAGAAGUUCCAUACUGUGAAGGAUAUUGUGAGAGUCUAUUAGAAUGUGAAUGUUGCCAGGAACAGCAAGUGACCCAAAGAACUGUUCAACUGGAUUGUGGUGGCACCAGUACCAUGAACUAUGCUUAUGCUUAUGUGGAGAGCUGUGGCUGUGGUCCUCUACCAUGUAUUGGAAAUACUACAUAGGGAUUCCACAACGUAAUCAAAUUUUAAAGCAUAAAAAAAUAAGUUUCUCAAGGGCCAAGUCUAAAUAAUCUCUUGUCUUCAUCUAUCUUAAAAUUGUAGAUGUUACUCAAUAGUUUGCUGUUUCUCUAUCUGAAUAACUGUAACAUAAAGUGUUUGUUUCUAACUUUACAAAUGUUACAUAUUUAGAAUAUGAUGAUAUAUCCAAUAAGUUUCUUGACUCUUUACCUUUAGCCACCAGCCAGGUUGUAAAAUAAAAUGUGUAUGUACAUGCCACAGCAACAUUAAACUUUUCAUUGAUUCUAAA